GGUGGGCAGCUGGCAGGCCUAGGGUGUCGGGGCUCGACCCCUCGGUGCGGGCGCCCGAUGCGCACCCUCUGUGCGCCUCUGUCCUCGGAGCCCAGUCCUGGCCUGCGCGGCGCCCGGGAAGUGCUCGAGGAGCGGCCCGCCCGAGGAGGGGGCGUUAUAGCCAGGGACCCCCUGCCCCUCACCCCUCUCCCCACCCCAGCUGGGAGCGGCCGCCGGCGACUCAGGCGCGCCUGGAAUUCGGCAUCCGGGCCCCGCGCACCCCGCCCCGCCGGGCCAGCCCUGGCGUGAGCCGCGGGGGAGGGCGCCCUAGGCUCCGGGUUCUGACCGUCUGUUCCCCGCCUUGCCCUUCCCAAGUUUUGGGAAGUGAUCAGCGAUGAACACGGUAUCGACCCAGCCGGAGGCUACGUGGGUGACUCGGCGCUGCAACUGGAGAGAAUCAACGUCUACUACAAUGAGUCAUCCUCUCAGAAAUACGUGCCCAGGGCUGCCCUGGUGGACUUGGAGCCAGGCACCAUGGACAGUGUGCGGUCUGGGCCUUUUGGGCACCUCUUCCGGCCGGACAACUUCAUCUUCGGACAAACGGGCGCAGGCAACAACUGGGCGAAGGGGCACUACACGGAAGGGGCCGAGCUGGUGGAUUCGGUGCUCGACGUGGUGAGGAAGGAGUGUGAGCACUGCGACUGCCUGCAGGGCUUCCAGCUCACGCACUCGCUGGGCGGGGGCACGGGCUCAGGCAUGGGCACGCUGCUCAUCAGCAAGAUCCGCGAGGAGUACCCCGACAGGAUCAUGAACACCUUCAGCGUCAUGCCCUCGCCCAAGGUGUCCGACACGGUGGUGGAGCCCUACAACGCCACCCUGUCGGUGCACCAGCUGGUGGAGAACACGGACGAGACGUACUGCAUCGACAACGAGGCGCUGUACGACAUCUGCUUCCGCACGCUCAAGCUAACCACGCCCACCUACGGCGACCUCAACCACCUGGUGUCGGCCACCAUGAGUGGCGUCACCACCUCGCUGCGCUUCCCAGGCCAGCUCAACGCCGACCUGCGCAAGCUGGCCGUGAACAUGGUGCCCUUCCCGCGCCUGCACUUCUUCAUGCCCGGCUUCGCGCCGCUCACGGCCCGCGGCAGCCAGCAGUACCGCGCGCUCACCGUGCCGGAACUGACGCAGCAGAUGUUCGACGCCAAGAACAUGAUGGCCGCCUGUGACCCGCGCCACGGCCGCUACCUGACCGUGGCCACGGUCUUCCGGGGCCCCAUGUCCAUGAAGGAGGUGGACGAGCAGAUGCUGGCCAUCCAGAACAAGAACAGCAGCUACUUCGUCGAGUGGAUCCCCAACAACGUCAAGGUGGCCGUGUGCGACAUCCCGCCGCGCGGCCUCAAGAUGGCGUCCACUUUCAUCGGCAACAGCACGGCCAUCCAGGAGCUGUUCAAGCGCAUCUCGGAGCAGUUUUCCGCCAUGUUCCGGCGCAAGGCCUUCCUGCACUGGUUCACGGGCGAGGGCAUGGAUGAGAUGGAGUUCACAGAAGCAGAGAGCAACAUGAACGACCUGGUGUCAGAAUACCAGCAGUAUCAAGAAGCCACCGCCAAUGAUGGCGAGGAAGCUUUUGAAGACGACGAAGAGGAGAUCAAUGAAUAGAGGCGCAUUCCAGUCUCAGACACCACAAAUCAGAUGUUGGUUCUCUAACUCUGGAGCAUCGUGACCCUGAUGGCCACCACAUGGUGCUCUGCUCUAAAUAUGUGGGUCUAGGCCUCUCACCAAUGCAACAAAAUUGCACUACCAGUCAUCUGGAAGGAAGAGAGUACAUCGGAAUAGCAGAGAAUCGGCAGUCCUACCCAAUCAAAAGAUCCCUCCACAGAUUUUCUGUUGGAGGACUUGAAACAAUAAAGGGGCCAUCAGCGAAGGGCUAAAAGAAUUGACCUCCCCUUCUGUCAAGUGUUCAACCAUGCUGAGAAUUAGCAAGGAAGUUAGAAACAGGAGUUUUCAUCCUUUGUGAUGAAACCUGAAGCUGUGCAGUGUUGCCCUAUAUUGAAAAUGCAAUGUGGAACUUUAAAACACCUUAUUCAUAAUAAAACACUAAAACCGGU